AGUACAUCCAUCUACAGCUCCGCCGCAUGGAGUAUGAAGCCGGUCACUAUGGCAAACGUUUCCAGGCUUGAUUUCGCCCAGUUCAGCCUGGGCACAAAACAAGAGAAGGAAGAGUUUGGGCGGACGCUGACCAAGGCUCUCAUAGAAUGCGGCUUUGUCAAGCUGAUCAACCACGGCAUUGCUGAUGAAGCCGUCGCCCACUUGCUAGACCAGUCACGCAGGCUCUUCUACCUCCCCACGCCUGUCUUGCAAAAGAUUGCAUGUGUUCCAGGCCCGAACCCACAACGCGGAUGGUGUGGACAAGGCACUGAGCUGGUGUCAAAAACACGCAAGGAGAAUUACGCAGGCCACGACGAUGUCAGCAAGCUGAUGGACGCCCGGGAACACUUUGACGCCGGGCCGCUCGACGAUUCGCAGUUCCCCAACCUCUGGCCCGACGAAGACGACGUGCCGGGUUUCCAAGAGACGAUAGCCAAGCACUACAGGGCCUGCCAGAAAGUAGCGCGCCAGCUCAUGGCGGCCCUCGAGAUUGGAAUGGGCCUCUCGCCGGGGGUGCUGGUGGACCGCUGCCGGCAAGAAGCGAGCGAGAUAUCCCUGAACCGGUACCCGCAGAUCGCGACCGAGACGCUGGCCGAGGGCCGCACGAAGCGCAUCUGGCCGCACACCGACUACGGCGUCAUCACGCUGCUCUUCCAGGGCGGCGUGGGCGGGCUGGAGCUCGAGGACCGGACCAGGCCCGGCGAGUUCCUGCCCGUGGCGCCGACGCCGCCGGGCCAAAAGGCCGAGAUGGUCGUCAACGCCAGCGACACCUUUGAGCGCUGGACGAACGGCGUCGUCAGGGCCGGCCUGCACCGCGUCGCGCUGCCGUACGACGAGCGGAGGGCCGUGGUGCCGGAGAGGUACUCGUGUGCGUUUUUCCAAAAGGCGAGCAGGGAGACUUCGGCCGGGCCGCUGCCGCAGUUUGUGACUGAGGAAAACCCGGCGCGCUACGAUGAGAUUACGGCGUUGCAGUUUCAGCAGCGCAGGAACCGGCUGCACUACUGA